UCAGUUUGCAAAUAAGAUUUCAUGUCACUUUCUUUAUAUAAACGAAUAAUGAACAUAAAUUUAUAUUAGCCUUGUCCGUCAAAGUUAGUGGAAUUCUCUCUUUGUGUCACCUAUAUUAUGGCUUUAAGGUUUUAACCUUGUCAACUAAAAACAUGAGUCAGAAUUCAUGAAAGGGCUACCUUUAUUUGUUUGUUCCCAGUUACUCUUCAUCUUUCUAACUUGUGCAGCAUUAGACACGAUCACUAGAGAUAAACCCAUUAGAGAUGGUGAUACAAUUGUUUCAGCUGGUGGGGUUUAUGAACUUGGAUUUUUCAGCCCUGGAAAUUCCAAGAAUCGCUAUGUUGGCAUAUGGUAUAAGAAGAUAUCACCUAGAACUGUCGUUUGGGUUGCCAACAGAAACAUUCCACUGAAUGACACUUCAGGAGUGUUAACACUAAGACCCAAUGGAAUUCUAGUACUUAUCAACAGUUCCAAUGCCUCAAUUUGGUCAUCAAACUCAUCAAGAUCCUUAAAGCAUCCAAAAGCACGGCUUUUGGAUUCUGGGAACCUUGUUGUCAGUGAUGGAAAUGACAGAGAUCCGGAAAUUAAUAUCGUGUGGCAGAGUUUUGACUAUCCAGGAAAUACUUUAUUGCCUGGCAUGAAGCUUGGACGCAAUUUGGUCACAGGCAUGAAUUGGUACAGAUCGUCAUGGAAGAGCGCGGAUGAUCCUGCUCCUGGUGAAUAUGUAGACUUUCUUGAUUCUCAUGGGUACCCGCAAUUGUUUGUGUUGAAAAAUUCAUCUAUAGUAUAUAGCAUAGGGCCAUGGAACGGUGUUGCAUUUAGUGGUAGUCCUAAUUCUAAACCAAAUAUGUAUUAUACUUUCAAGUUUGUUAUUAAUCAACAGGAAAUAUACUACAAAUACGAGAUUAAGAAUGCGUCCCUGCCCACCAGGGUGGUGAUCGACGCGGAUGGGGUUAUAGAGCACCUAACAUGGAUAGAGCGCAGUCAGAGCUGGUUUCUCUACUUGACAGCACAAUUUGGUAACUGUGAUCGUUUUGCUUUAUGUGGACCUUAUGCAAGCUGCAAUAUCAAUAAUUCACCUCCAUGUGACUGUCUGAGAGGUUUCGAGCCUAGAUAUCCUAAUCAAUGGGAUGCAGCGGACUGGUCUAGCGGUUGUGUAAGGAGAACUUCUUUGGCUUGUGGCCAAGAUGAUUUUCUUAAAUUGACGGGUAUUAAGAUGCCGGAUUCUAGACACUCGUGGUAUAAUCAGCGCAUGAACCUUGAAGAAUGCAAAAAAAUGUGCUUGGCUGAUUGCAAUUGUACAGCCUACUCAAAUCUUGAUGUUAGAAAUGGUGGAAGUGGAUGCUUACUAUGGUUUGGUGAACUCAUUGAUAUUAGAGAGUUGAGCCACAAUGAGCAAGACCUGUUCGUGAGAGUUGCUGCUUCAGAAUUAGAUUCAGACAGGAAGCGGAGGAGAAAGAGGUCAACCCUGAUUGCUGUCAUUUCAGCAGUACUAGCAACAUCUCUCCUCAGCGUUUUAGGAUGGUUUUCCUUCCAAAGAAGAAAAAGAAAAACAGGUUCAGAAGUUUCAAAUGAGGAUAUGGAGUUGCCAUUGUUUGAUUUAGUUGCUGUUACUAGUGCCACUAAGAACUUCUCUUCUGCUAAUGUGAUUGGGGAGGGCGGCUUUGGACCGGUUUACAAGGGUAUCCUACCAAAUGGACAAGAGAUAGCAGUAAAGAGGCUAUCAAAGUAUUCUGGACAAGGCAUUCAAGAGUUAAAAAAUGAAAUCGUUCUCAUUUCCAAGCUGCAACACAGGAACCUUGUCAAGCUUUUGGGCUGUUGCCUGGAAGGAGAAGAAAGGAUGCUAAUCUACGAGUUUAUGCCCAAUGCUAGCUUGGACUAUUUCAUUUUUGAUGCAAGCAGAAAAGCGUCACUUCCAUGGAAGAACCGCUUUGAAAUUGCAAUGGGAAUAUCUCGAGGUCUUCUUUAUCUUCACCAGGACUCAAGAUUAAGAAUUAUUCACAGAGAUCUCAAAAUUAGCAACAUUUUAUUAGAUAGUGGCAUGAAUGCCAAAAUUUCUGAUUUCGGCCUUGCCAAAAUUUUGGGCGGAGACCAAGUGGAAGGAAAAACAAAGAGAGUCAUAGGGACAUAUGGAUAUAUGUCACCAGAAUAUGCCGUUGAUGGGAAAUAUUCAGUAAAAUCAGAUGUAUUCAGUAUGGGCGUAAUCAUUCUAGAAAUUGUUAGCGGCAGAAGGAACAGGAGAUUUCGUCAUUUGGAACAUCAUCACAAUCUUUUGGGACAUGCAUGGUUACUUUGGACUGAAGGCAAAGCGUUGGAACUGAUGGACGAAUGUUUGGAAGAAUCAUUUUCAGAAUCUCAAGUGUUUAGAUGCAUUCAAGUUGGUUUGUUGUGCGUCCAAAAACUGCCAGAGGAUAGGCCUACGAUGGGAUCAGUAGUUUUUUGGUUGGGAAAUGAGGAUAUGGUUCUUCCUCAACCAAAGCAGCCUGGUUUUUUCGUAGAGAGGAAUUCAUUGGAAUCAACAGAGUCAGCUGAUGAAGGAUGUCUAAGUAACACCGUGUCACUAACAGUCUUAGAGCCAAGAUAGAUAUAAAAUCACAUUUGGAACUUUUGAAAUGUAUUUACUUUGUCUGGUUUGUCAACAGUGGUAGUGUAUAUAUGACGGAGCAACUAAAAUAGACAGUUUAAGGCCAAUGAUUGUAUCGUCUAUAGAGGCAGGGCAAAUGACUUGAUAAUACAAUUUUUCGCAAUGAUCUUUCUGAACAAAUUCCAAGAGUUAAAUUAGAAGAUUUGAUAGGUUAUAUA